GCCGAUUUCUUGCCUGCCCUUUUAAAUACCGUCUCACUAAACAUUCAAUCCGGGUUGAUAUUUGAUAUUAUCGGUUCAAUUCGAAUCUGCAAACCCCGCUAUCCCAUCCAUCCACUUCCCCUCCUACCCCAGAAUCUAAUCCAAAAUGGCCACCGCUCAAGCUGAAAAACCGGCCACCAAAACCUUUGCAAACGACCCUGACGAUGUCUCCGACUAUGAUUCCGAGGAUGACUACCUCUCUGACGAUAACAUUCAGAAACCCCAGCAGCAGCAGCAGCAGCGACGCCGGCGUCGUCCCCAGCGUCAGGAACCAGAAGAAGAGGACGAUUACCUCUCAGACGAGUACUCGGACGAGUACGAUGAUGAUGAUGAUGACUACUACGACGACGAAGAUGCAGAUGAUGAAGUCCAAGCCAUGGAGCGCUACCAGCCCACAACCAUCAGCAGCCGGGAUAACGUGCCUCAGCAGCCGAUCUCAAACGGCGGCAUGCAGCCCGCCGAAGAACGGAAAACAGGGGAUGACUGGGAGGAUCAAGACGGAAUGAAGCUCAAAUUGGAGCUGAAUUUGGAUAUCGAGGUGGAGUUGAAGGCUCAUAUUCACGGUGAUUUGACGUUGUCAUUGCUGUAAGUAGUCCCUUUUCCCAACUUCAUAGGCUUUUUGAUUGCGGGGGG